AUGCCUACAAUGCUGGAUAGGUACGAGAGCGGGGAGAGAAUGUUGUACGUAAUCAUUGCCCUUAUUGGAGUUCCUGUGAACUUCAUGGCCAUUGUGAUCCUGUCUCGGGGAAAAUGCGGCCUGUCCUCCUGCACCACUCGCUAUCUGGUGGCCAUGGCAGCGGCCGAUCUCUUGGUCAUCGUCACUGCGGUCAUUUUGCUCAAGAUCAAUUAUCAUUACUUUCGCGGGAGUUUCCCGGAUAUUACUCCUGUGUGCAGGGUUACAACUGUAUUGAAGUACGCAGCCACAGACUGUUCUGUCUGGUUCACCGUCACUUUCACUUUUGAUCGAUUUGUCUCCAUUUGUUGCCAGAAGCUGAAAAACAACUAUUGCUCCGGGAAAACUGCGGCUUUGGUUCUCACAACAACCGGCAUUCUUUUCUUUUUGAAAAACGUUCCCCGCUACUUCACACGGGAUCCCAAAGAAAUUGUUAACAACGUACCGUGGUUCUGUACAGUGAUAAAAAGUUAUUUCACGGACCCUUGGUGGGUGGGAUAUGACUGGUUCGAUACGGUUUUAACUCCGUUUCUCCCUUUCUCGGUAAUUCUACUGCUCAACGCUUUGACGGUCAGACACAUUUUAGUGGCCAGUCGGGUCCGUAAGGGGCUGAAGGGUCAGAACAAGGGGGAGAACCGCAGCGACCCGGAGAUGGAGAGUAGGAAGAGAUCCCUUAGAUCUGUCAUUUUACUCUUCACCAUCUCCGGCAGCUUCAUCCUCCUGUGGCUGACGCUGGUCGUAAAUCUGGUCUAUUAUCAGGUCACCGGAACAGGACAAGGGCUCAAUGUUUCUGAAUGGAUCUUUGUAGACGUCGGGUUUUUGCUGAGGAAUUUCAGCUGCUGUACAAACACAUUCAUUUACAUGGUGACCCAGUCCAAGUUCAGGGAGCAAGUGAAGAGCGCGGUAAAAUAUCCGGUCAUCGCAGUACUUCAGUUUAUUAAUAAAACCACGCGCUGA